AUGAUAAGGGUGUUUUGGUUUGUUGGCUUGCCGUUCUCAUUCGGGCAUGGUCCAGAGGCCCGACCAGAGCGGCUGCACGAGGCUAUUGCACCAUGCCUGCUUCAACACGGUCAGACAUUGCGAGAGUCAUCGAAGGACGAGCAAUCAGCAAAGGCUUUGCGAGGGCAAAAACAGGAAGAUUCAAGGCGAGAGUUCCCGCUGCUACAAAUAGAUGCCGUUCAUUCGUCAACGAGGGCGGACCGGGUGGACCCGACCUUUUUUGGUGGCUUCUCAGAUGCUGAAUCGACUUUCGAUGUUGAUGGAAGUGAAGAUCAGACUGAGGUUCAAAUUUCAGAAGCGGCACGUACAGAUGAAGAUGAGAUUCCAACAGUUCGACCAGCACAAUGGUUUGUUGAGACGCCUUCAGCUGGACCCAAGGAGGCAUGGCAGACCUAUGAUGAAGAAUCAAAGGAUGCAAGUUGGCGAGCAAGUGCUCCGGAAUGGAGGGAACUGGACUUUGGCAGGACCAAGCAAGAUUGGGUGCCUGUGCAAUCCAGAAUGAAGAGCAGAUCAGAAAAGCCGCCGGGAAAGGAAGCUACUUGGUUCGACACCUCUGUCAAUCAGCAGGAUUAUUUUGGACGUCCAAGGGCGCCAUCUCCUGCUUCUUCCCAAUUCUACCUGGAGUGGAGCGAGGUGAAGAGGACUGCUGAAUGGAGCUGCGGACCGCCAGGCUGUACGGCGAACACCUCGUUGAAGGCAUUUGAGAAUGGCAAAAUGCAGUACGAGAGGUGUACCCUGUCAGUGAUGGUCAACCCUACAGACUUCGAUGAUGAGUACAAUAUCGAAAAGAUUGAGUGGAUAGUCAUCAACGGGAAAGAGGCAGUGCGAGACUUCAGUCCUCGUGCUCCCAAAGGUUGUGAGACCAACGAGCAAAUGGGAGCUCUCGACUCUGACCUGGAAGUUCCCUUAGAUGAUCCCUCCCUACUUUCGAGAGACAUCCAGAAGAGACGAAAUAAGUCCUCAAGUACCGGGCCGAGAAAGAAGCGCAACAUCACCGAUCUCCCUCUCUAUCCGUGCAUUCGUGACCUUCCACUGGAGGGCCUGGUUGGCACGGAUGGGCAUGUGAACGUCUCUGGAAAGAUCUCGCCGGCUGUGGAUGAAUGCCCUGUGAAUGGCAACCACCUGAGUGGGCUUGUGGUGAUGACCUGCUUCGCUCGUUCAACCACCACUAUUCCUCCGUCGACAACGACCACUACCACCUUCAAGGCACCUGAGCAGGUUCAAGAAGAGUUCAAGACGAGCGAUUCUGCCCGCUUUAGGUGCAAGGAUCCAGGUUGCAGUGCAGCCACAGUCUUGUCUGUGGACUUGUACAAUUUGACUUCGCGAAAAUGUUUUUUGACAGUGAGGGUCAACCAAACAGACUUUGACGAGCUUGAUGGCACCAAGGAAAGAAUUGAGUCAGUCAAGGUGAACAACAAAAUCAAGGCUGCCGACUUGAAGCCUGGGAAGAACCCUUGCCAUGAGGCCAUAGACACUGGCCGUGGUCGCCGCAACAAUGAGGAAGCAACUGUGAUUGACAAAGAGGAUGUUACAAACGACAUACAUACUGGGCUGCUGGUCCUUGAGCUCAAGAUUACAGACAUGGUUGAUGAAUGCGCUGUAGAUGGGUAUCUUCUUGAUGGCGAAGCCAGUGUGUCUUGUGAGGGAUAG